AUGGCGUAUAUCAACGGCAUUCGAUCAUUUGCGCACCUUUCUACCUAUCACUGGGGGAUUGCCCUCUCUUAUGCCGAAGACGCUCUCUGGCUUCUCAGGAAGGCCGAUAAUCAUGCAGAGAAGUAUGAGUGGAGGGAGGCUGAAGCCAUGGCAAAUGACGGGGUAGAGGUGCUGCAAAAGAGUGUCUCUGAAUUGCCAUCCAAGACACCCGUCCAUGGGGAACUCACUGACGGAUGCGAUUGGCCUGUAUGCCUGGAAGAGAGUCUGAUCAGAGAGAUCGCAAGUGGCUGGGAUAUAGCAUUGAGAUGA